AUGGCUAGCGCCUCUAUACUGCAGGACCCAUCACUGCAAGCCCGACAUCAGCAAUCUGUCAAGCUGUCUGAUGGUCGCGUGCUGGGCUAUGCGGAAUUUGGUUCUCUCAACAACGAUGCUACUACCAUUCUAUCUUUCCAUGGAUGGCCAGGCUCACGACUCGAGAGUGCCAUAUUCCACUCCGCAGCGAGCGAGUUGGAUGUACGCAUUAUCGGCAUCGAUCGUCCCGGAAUCGGUCUAUCCUCUCCACAGCCAAAGCGCAAGCUCCUCGACUGGCCCGCUGAUGUCCGAGAGUUGGUGCGACAUCUGAAACUCGAGCGAUACUUUAUCAUCGGUGUUUCGGCUGGCGGACCUCAUGCUCUCGCAUGUGCACAUGAGCCAGCAGAGAAUGAACUGCUCGGCGUUGGUAUUGUGUCCUCGCCGGGUCCUUGGGCCCUAGGAACGAAGGGCUUGCGUAUCGAUCUGAAAGUAACUCUGAACGCCGUGGCUUACGCACCCUGGCUGGUUCGCUAUAUUAUGAACUCCAAAUUCGUCAAGUUUGCUCAGGACUCAGAUCCGACUAAGCUGGAUCAAAUGAUGAAAUCCCAGAUGAAAAAGAUGCCGUCCGCAGAUCUAGCAUUCGCGGAGAAAUACCCAGAGAAAAUGGACAUAAUGAUAGCUGCUGUGCGAGAGAGCUUCAAGCAAGGCGCAAACACCAACGUGCGGGACGGACAAAUGUUGACUUCAGAGUGGGGAUUCGAUUUACAGAAGAUCAAAGUUCAGAAGGUCCUCAUAUGGCAUGGAACGGAAGACCUGAACGUCCCUGUCUCGAGGGGACGCUAUCUUGCUGAGCAUAUUCCUCGCGCCGUCUUGAAAGAGUAUGAGGGGGAUACCCAUGUUACCAUUCACGAACAUGCUGCCGAGAUGUUGAGAGACCUAAUAACCAUAUCUUCUGGGAAUUGA